GAUUUACUUAAGUGGAUAUAGAAAACUAACUUUCCUCUGAAAUUACUCUUCUACUCAUAGAAUCUCAAUAGUCCCUCCCUCUCCUCUCGCUCUUCCUCCCCCAGUCUUUACGUCUGUGAUAAUCAACAGUCAUGAGUCCCGAUGCAUUUUUUUAUUUUCCUUCUGGUCUUUCGUUCCAUUACAGUUCUUAGACUUCUAUUUCCAAUACAACUCUCUUAUCAUACCCACUUAUACUUACCUUUUUGCCUGUGUUUUGAAAGAUCAAAGACUAACCUUAAGCUAUAUCAAUGGCUGCAGAAUCCUCUCACAUCCAUAUAAUACUUCUCACAAUCCUAUGUUUCUAUUUGGUUUGUUCCAUGAAAAAUAACAAUAUUAUAAACUAUAACAAUAUCUCCAACUUCUUGUCUUCUCUUUUUCGACCUGUUAUUUCCAUUAACAAAACCCAACAAGCUUUUCCUUCACCAAAUCCAAUUCUACCUCUUAACAACACUAAGACGCCAUUACAUGUUGUCAAGAAGAAGGGAAGUUUGGAGAAGAUUGAAAAUGGUUUGGCUAGAGCAAGAGCAGCAAUCCGUCAAGCGGUUGAAAAGCGAAACUACUCGUCUUUUAAGGAGGAGAGUUACAUUCCAAGAGGAGUCGUUUACAGAAACUCCUACGCUUUUCAUCAGAGCCAUAUAGAGAUGGAGAAAAGAUUGAAGGUGUGGGUUUACAAGGAAGGGGAGCCACCACUAUUUCAUGGAGGGCCAACGCACGAAAUCUAUGGCAUCGAAGGCCAAUUCAUUCAUGAGAUGGAGAAUGGUAAGAACCGCUUCAUUGCUCGCCAUCCUGAUGAGGCACACACAUUCUUAAUUCCCAUCAGCAUCACCAAUGUCAUCUCCUACGUAUAUACUCCUCUUGUCACCUACUCUCGCGACCAGCUUCAACGGUUGGCCGUUGAUUACAUUCGCAUUAUAGCAGAUAAAUACCCUUAUUGGAAUAGAAGCAAUGGAGGCGACCAUUUCUUUGUCUCUUGCCAUGACUGGGCACCAGAAAUCUCAACAAAAAAUCCUGAACUAUUUAAGAAUUUCAUUAGAGUACUGUGUAAUGCCAAUACAUCUGAAAGUUUCCAACCUCAGAGAGAUGCUUCUGUACCAGAAAUCAGACUUCCUAGAGGCAAGCUUGGCCUUCCUUAUAAAGGCCUUCCUCCAAGUAAUCGUACAAUCCUUGCCUUCUUCGCAGGCGGCAGCCAUGGUUAUAUUAGACAGGUUAUGUUAGAAUAUUGGAAAGACAAAGACGAUGAAAUUCAAAUUCAUGGGUACCUUGACAAGAAGAAAACUGAUUACUAUAAACUGAUGGGUCAAAGCAAGUUUUGUCUAUGUCCAAGUGGAUAUGAAGUUGCAAGUCCUAGAGUAGUUGCAGCAAUUCAACUUGGAUGUGUUCCUGUUAUUAUUUCUGAGAACUAUUCGUUACCGUUUAGUGAUGUUCUUGAUUGGAGCAAAUUUUCUGUGCAUAUUCCGUCAAAAAGAAUACCUGAAAUUAAAGAAAUCUUGAAGAAGAUUUCAGAAAGAAAAUAUCUUGUGCUGCAAAAAAGAGUAAUGCAAGUUCAGAGGCAUUUUAUGGUCAACAAGCCAAUUAAACCAUAUGAUAUGAUUCAUAUGCUUCUUCAUUCUGUAUGGUUAAGGCGACUUAAUUUGAGACUUUCAAAUUAAUUAUUAAUUUUUAUUAAUUAGAUUAGUUGGUAUUUGAAUUUUCAA